AUGGCAUCGCUGAGAUUGCCCUUCCCCCGCCAGCUUCGGCUGGCUGCCCCGAGGUCAAGGGUCCUCGCCCGCCAGACGUCAGUUUCACCGUGGGUUUGCAACUCAUGCGCCUCAAGCCCGACGGUGACCUCACGCGUCCCGCCUAUGAGGACCUUCAGCGCCAUCACAUCUCUCCAGAACGCCACGAGUGCAAGGAGCACCUCGGUGGACCCCUCCCUUGAACCUCUCCAGAGGCCCGAGUCGUUCAUUCCGCGCCACAUUGGCCCCGAUGUUCACGAUGCCGAGGCCAUGCUCAAGGCCCUUGACCCUCCCGCAAAGUCAAUUGACGAGUUUAUUACCCAGGUCCUCCCUGCGGAUAUCCUGUCCGAGAGGAAGACCUUCGCCUGGGACACCGAGGGCCCGACGGAUGAGAGCAAGAUUCUGGCGAGAGCCACGGCCUGGGCCAAGGCCAAUGAGGCCGCUCCCAAGCCUUUGAUCGGUGCUGGAUACAACCCCAGUGUCACGCCCCGUGUUAUCCAGACCAACGUCCUCGAGAGCCCCGCUUGGUACACGAGCUACACCCCCUACCAGCCGGAAAUCAGCCAGGGACGUCUCGAGUCGCUCCUCAACUACCAGACCAUGGUCUCCGACCUGACCGGUCUCCCCAUCUCCAAUGCUAGUCUGCUGGACGAGGGAACGGCGGCUGCCGAAGCCAUGACUCUGUCAAUGAACGCUCUGUCUACCUCUCGCGCCAAGAGACCCGGCAAGACUUUCGUCGUUUCUCACCUCGUUCACCCCCAGUCCAUUUCCGUUCUCAAGAGCAGAGCCCAGGGAUUUGGUAUCAAGGUCGAGACCCUCGACAUCAGCACUGCUGAGACUCAGGACAAGAUCAAGGCCCUGGGGCAGGACCUGGUCGGUGUCAUGGUCCAGUACCCCGACACCAGGGGCAAGGUGGAGGACUUCAAGGGUCUCUCCGAGCUCGUUCACUCCCAGGGUGCCCUGCUUAGCGCCGCGACCGACCUCCUGGCGUUGACGGUCCUCACGCCGCCUGGCGAAUGGGGUGCCGACAUUGCCUUUGGAAGCGCGCAGCGCUUCGGCGUGCCUCUUGGCUUCGGUGGGCCCCACGCGGCCUUCUUCGCCGUCAAAGAGGCCCACAAGCGCCGCAUGCCCGGCCGCCUGGUCGGUGUCUCCAAGGACAGGAACGGCAACCGAGCUCUGAGACUGGCUCUGCAGACUCGCGAGCAGCACAUUCGCCGUGAGAAGGCCACCAGCAACGUCUGCACCGCGCAGGCUCUUCUGGCCAACAUGGCUGCCUUGUUCGCCGUCUAUCAUGGCCCCGAGGGUCUGAAGGAGAUCGCUUCGAGGUUGAUCCGUCUUGCUCGUGGCGUCCAGGCUGUUGCCGAGGCCGCCGGCUUGGAGACCGAGCAGAGCGGUGCCAGUCCUGAUGGCAAGGUCUUGUUCGACACCGUCGUCAUCAAGGCCAGCGGACAUUCCCAGAACAUCCUGGCCGAGGCCAAGAAGGCUGGACUGGGCUUCCGCGAUUUCGGAAACGGUGAUAUCGGCAUCAGUGUCAACGAGACUGUCAACGAGGAGGUGUUCAACACCAUUGCUGCCGUUCUCGGCAACGCCACGGGUUCGCAAACCGCUGAGGUCGCAAGCAAGGCCUACAGCUCCCUUACCCAGGACAUCACGGAGUUGCUCCCCAAGUCUCUGCGCCGCCAGUCCGCCUACCUCACCCACCCCGUCUUCAACACGCACCGCAGCGAGACGGAGAUGCUUCGCUACAUCCACCACCUUCAGUCCAAGGACCUGUCCCUCGUCCACUCCAUGAUCCCCCUCGGAUCCUGCACCAUGAAGCUUAACAGCGCGACCGAGAUGGCCCUGAUCUCCCUCCCUGGCUUCUCCACGAUUCACCCCCACACUCCCGCGAGCGAGCUCAAGGGCUACACCGCGCUGAUCGAGGACUUGUCGGAGCAGCUCAAGGGCAUCACCGCCAUGGACGCCGUCUCUCUGCAGCCCAACUCGGGUGCGCAGGGUGAGUUCGCCGGUCUGCGCGUCAUCCGCAAGUACCUCGAGCAGCAGCCGGGCAAGAAGCGCGACAUCUGCCUGAUUCCGGUCUCAGCCCACGGAACCAACCCUGCUUCUGCCGCCAUGGCGGGCAUGCGCGUCGUCCCCAUCAAGUGCGAUCAGAAGACCGGCAACCUGGACAUUGAGGACUUGGAGGCCAAGUGCAAGAAGCACGCCGACGAGCUUGGCGCCUUCAUGGUCACUUACCCCAGCACCUACGGAGUCUUCGAGCCCAGCGUCAAGAAGGCGUGCGACCUUGUUCACCAGUACGGAGGCCAGGUCUACAUGGACGGCGCCAACAUGAACGCUCAGAUUGGUAUCUGCUCACCCGGCGAGAUCGGUGCCGAUGUCUGCCAUCUUAACCUGCACAAGACUUUCUGCAUCCCUCACGGUGGCGGUGGCCCCGGUGUCGGGCCCAUCUGCGUCAAGGAGCACCUUGGCCCCUAUCUCCCUGGCCGCACGCCCGAGUCCGAGGAGGCCAUGGUCGCCAGCGCCCCCUACGGCAGCGCUGGCAUCCUGCCCAUCAGCUGGGCCUACAACGCCUUGAUGGGCAACGAGGGUCUGCGGCUCGCCACCAAGACGGCCAUCCUCAACGCGAACUACAUCCUCGCCCGCCUCAAGCCGCACUACAAGAUCCUCUACACCAACGAGAACGGCCGGUGCGCGCACGAGUUCAUCCUCGACGCGCGGCCCUUCAGUGCGACCGCGGGUGUCGAGGCCAUCGACAUCGCCAAGCGCCUGCAGGACUACGGCUUCCACGCGCCGACCAUGAGCUGGCCCGUCUCCAACACGCUCAUGAUCGAGCCCACGGAGAGCGAGAGCAAGGAGGAGCUCGACCGCUUCAUCGACACGCUCAUCAGCAUCCGUGAAGAGAUCCGCGAGAUCGAGGAGGGCAAGCAGCCCCGCGAGGGUAACGUCCUCAAGAUGGCGCCUCACCCGCAGAUGGAUGUUAUCCUGGGCGAUGGCGAGGGCAAGUGGGACCGUCCCUACACCCGCGAGAAGGCGGCAUACCCCUUGCCGCACCUGAAGGAGAAGAAGUUCUGGCCCAGCGUGGGUCGCGUUGACGACACAUACGGUGACUUGAACCUUUUCUGCACGUGCCCCCCAGUCGAGGACACCACGCAAGAGUGA